AGCCUCAGUAUCGCCUGACCACGCGCAGGCUUCGGACGUGUAUACUUUAUCGCUCCCGUCCCCGAGGCAAAACAAACUUAAUUACCACACCUGUGUAAGUGUGGACAGGUGUGUAGAAGGAGACACCUGUGCUUAAUUGGCUGCAGGUGUGUGUGUCCCCAGGCCACCACCACCACAACCACCACUAUGAAGUUACUACCACUACCACUACCACUACUACUACUACUGCUACCACACGCGAAAGGAAGAAGAGAAGAAGAAGAAGAAGGAGGAGGAGGAGGAGGAGGAGAGUGUAGCUGUGGCCUGUUCCUCCUCCCUUCCUCACACUCCCUGCUACCAUGGUGGGCGUGGCAGGGGGGCGCUCUUGUGUUCCUAACUGGCAAAGAACAUAGAGUAGACUGCUCUGACAAGUUAGGAGCGGAAGAGGACUGUAGAAGGCGUUGUGAGGAGGAGGUUAUCUCCAUCAAUGAAAUAAUCUCCAGAGAACCUCGAUUACUACAAGACUACCCCCCUCCCACCUCCCUCCCGUGCCCCCCCGCCCCCUCCAACACCUCCUUCUUCUUCUCAGCCUGCCCUGGAGGAGGAGGAGGAGGAGGAGGAGGAGGAGGAGGAGGAUGGCUGCCCGCGUCUCCCCGUCUCAGUUCUCCUAUAUGUUGUGAUGUUGUUACUAAUACAGCUGUUUGGUGUUCCAGUCUACCCGAAGAAGGAGGGGGCGUGGCGGCGGGCGUGAGGACAGGCUGGGGGUCGGCUGGAGGUGAGGGAGGCCAGGAGGAGGGGAGGGCCAGGCACGGCGCCCCCCAAAUACAAAGGAAGAUUGACACAAGAGUUGACCCAGAGAGCUUAGAGGCUAAUGCUAUCAAAGACUCCUCCUCCUCCUCCUCCUCCUCCUCCUCUAGUCAGGAUGACUGGCUGAGCGGCGCCUUGAAGUUUUUUGGGUACGACAGUUUUGGCCAGCUGGUGAAAGAGAUUGACAUUUUCACUCUGCCCUCCAGGAUACAAAAAGCCAUGAAGACAUACAGAGACGAGCUUUCAAUGGGGCAGUGUUACAUGGAAUUCACAACGUACACACUCUUUAGCAAACAAGACAACUUCUUCACAAACUUCAUGAGAAAUAAGAGAAGUUUGGAGGACUGGGAGGCGAGGAUCAUUGGCGGUGGUGGUGGUGGUGGUGAAGGGUCGACAAUUGAGCGCGUCGCACAAGGAUUUAUAAGCAUGCUGGAUUCUUCACCCACCACACGCCAGUACGCCAGUCUCCUCAAACAGUUCCUUCCUAUGGUGGUACAAAUGACAGGCGCUCAGGACUCUGGGUCAGCUGUUACGACCUUCAUGAAACACGCCUUGGGGUCGUAUCUGAGUGAGAUUCAAUCACCGACGAAGACCACGAACGACAUUGAAAAAAUUGACAAACCGACAAAUAAAUGGCCCUCUUCCUCCUCCUCCUCCUCCUCCUCCUCUUCCCCUCCUCCUCCUCCUCCUCCUCCUCUCUUCUCCUCUUCCACCACCGCCCCGCCGAAGACACGCCCCCCCACCCCGAAACCAGAGGAGAAAGAGGAGAGCAAGAAUUUUAUCGAGAUGAUUUUAGAAUUUAUCCGGCCUGUAUUUAUCAGCAUAAUUGGAAAGGCCCCCGGAGAGAGUGGAGUGGACAGCAUACGAGAGGUCACCAGGCUAAGCACUCUGGGACGCGUGGACGACAGCUUAAUUGACGAGGUGCUUUCUCCCUAUUUCUGCCUCAAGAACUAUAUGGUCAACAAGAUAUGGACGCUGACCGAGAGGGGUGUAAGGUCCGUGGUGGGGAGAUUUGACCCCUCUGAGCAGGCCAGGAUGUUAGUCUUAUGGGGGUGAGAGGUGUAGAGAGGGUUUAAUAUGUGUGUUUCUGUGUGUGUGUGUGUGUGAGAGAGAGAGAGAGAGAGAGAGAGAGAGAAAUCCGUGUUUUU